AUGGAGGCGGCGCGGCCCCCGCCGCCCGGCGGCUCGCCCUCCGCCUCCGCCUCCUCCUCCCCCUCCACUGCCGCCGCCACCGCCGCCUCCUCGGGGGCGUCGGGCGGCGCAGAGCCCGAGCGGGGGCCGCCGCCGCCUCCGCUGGGCCGCCGGCACAGCAACAAGCGCUUCACCGGCCUCAAGCUCUUCGGGCGCAGGAAAGCUAUUGCCAAGUCCAGCCUCCAGCACGUGGUAGCCCAGCCAAACCCUGCGCUAGCCCUGAGGAGCGACUCUGAGAGGCAGAUACGCAGCACUGUGGACUGGAGCGAGACUGCAGUCUAUGGGGAGCACAUCUGGUUUGAGACGAAUGUCUCUGGGGACUUCUGCUACGUUGGGGAGCAGAACUGUAUGGCAAAGCUGCUGCAAAAACCUCUUUCCAGGCGUAAGUGUGCAGCCUGCAAGAUCGUAGUGCAUACACCCUGCAUCGAACAGCUGGAGAAAAUAAAUUUCCGCUGCAAACCUUCCUUCAGGGAGUCAGGAUCCCGGAACGUACGGGAGCCCAUCGUUGUCCGGCACCACUGGGUACACCGGAGGCGGCAGGAAGGGAAAUGCCGGCAGUGUGGCAAGGGUUUCCAGCAGAAGUUUGCCUUCCACAGUAAAGAGAUUGUAGCCAUCAGCUGUUCCUGGUGCAAGCAAGCGUAUCACAGCAAAGUAUCAUGUUUCAUGCUGCAACACAUCGAAGAGCCCUGCUCACUGGGGGCUCACGCUGCUGUCGUCGUUCCUCCCACCUGGAUUCUGCGGGUCCGGCGGCCCCAGAAUCCACUGAAAUCUAGUAAGAAGAAGAAGAGGACAUCGUUCAAGCGGAAAUCCAGCAAAAAGGGGGCCGAGGAAGGGAGGUGGAAACCCUUUGUCAUCAAGCCCAUGCCAGCUCCUCUCAUGAAGCCCUUGCUGGUGUUUGUGAACCCCAAGAGCGGUGGGAAUCAGGGAGCCAAGAUCAUCCAAUCCUUUAUGUGGUAUCUCAACCCACGACAAGUUUUCGACCUCAGCCAGGGUGGACCCAAGGAGGCGCUGGAGCUGUACCGCAAGGUCCACAACCUCCGGAUCCUGGCAUGUGGGGGAGACGGCACGGUGGGCUGGAUACUCUCCAUUCUGGACCAGUUACGCCUCAAUCCACCUCCUCCUGUGGCCAUCCUACCUUUGGGGACAGGGAACGACUUGGCCAGGACACUGAACUGGGGUGGGGGUUACACAGAUGAGCCUCUGUCCAAGAUCCUGUCGCACGUGGAAGAUGGGAACAUUGUGCAGCUUGAUCGCUGGAACCUUCAUGUGGAGCCAAACCCUGAUGCGAACUCUGAGGAAAAGGAUGAGGUGGCCGCUGACAAGCUCCCCUUGGAUGUCUUUAAUAACUACUUCAGCCUCGGCUUUGACGCACGGGUGACGCUGGAGUUCCACGAAUCCCGAGAGGCCAACCCAGAGAAGUUCAACAGCCGGUUUCGGAAUAAAAUGUUCUAUGCUGGGACGGCCUUCUCUGACUUCCUCACCGGGAGCUCCAAAGACUUGGCAAAGCACGUCAAGCUGGUUUGUGAUGGGACAGACCUGACCUCCAAGAUCCAGGACCUGAAGCCCCAGUGCCUGGUCUUCCUGAACAUCCCCAGGUACUGUGCAGGCACCAUGCCCUGGGGCAACCCUGGGGAGCACCACGACUUCGAGCCGCAGCGCCAUGAUGAUGGCUGCAUUGAAGUUAUCGGCUUCACCAUGACAUCCCUGGCUGCCUUGCAGGUCGGCGGCCAUGGGGAGCGGCUGUGCCAGUGUCGGCAGGUGGUUCUCACCACAUCCAAGGCCAUCCCCAUGCAGGUGGAUGGAGAGCCCUGCAAGCUGGCAGCUUCCUGCAUCCACAUCUCCCUGCGCAACCAAGCCAACAUGGUGCAGAAGACCAAGCGCCGCAACUCCAUGCCUCUGCUCAAUGACCAGCAGCCAGUGCCUGAGCGGCUGCGGAUCCGGGUGAGCCGAAUCAGCAUGCGCGACUACGAGGCACUGCACUACGACAAGGAAAAGCUCAAGGAAGCCUCUGUGCCGCUGGGGAUCAUCGUGGUUCCAGGAGACAGCGACCUGGAGUUGUGCCGGACCCAAAUCGAGAGGCUGCAGGAGGAGGGAGAUGGAGCCAAACCGAAGACACUGUCAUCCCAGAAGCUGUCGCCCAAGUGGUGUUUCCUGGACUCAACCACGGCUGAUCGCUUCUACAGGAUAGACCGCGCACAGGAGCACCUCAACUAUGUGACAGAGAUCUCUCAGGAUGAGCUCUAUGUGCUGGACCCAGAGCUGGUGAUCACCCAGACCGUGGGCACCUCUCCUGCCAUGCCUGACCUCGUUGACUCAUCUGCUGCACCCACUGGGCACCAUUUUGCAUUCCCCUCCUCUUCCUCCUCCCCACCCUCCUCUCCUGCCCCCAGCGCUGAGCCUGAGCACUGCCUCCCGCACAAAGACGACCUUCUGAUAGAAGCUGCCAAGAGCGGCAACUUCAGCAAGUUCCAAGAGCUGCACCGGGCUGGAAGAGACCUGAUGGUGCGAGACUCCUCAGGCCAGACCGUCCUCCACCAUGCUGUCAAAUCAGGGAGCAAGGACAUCGUCAAAUACAUCAUCGAGAACGCCCCUUCAGAAAUCCUCGAUGCCACAGAGGAGGAGAAUGGUGAAACCAGCUUGCACCAGGCUGCAGCCUUACGCCAGCGCACUAUCUGCCACUACAUCGUGGAGGCUGGGGCUUCGCUCAUGAAGACAGACCUGCAGGGAGACACCCCCAAGCACCGGGCUGAGAAAGCCAACGACCCCGACUUAGCUGCCUACCUCGAGAACCGACAGCACUACCAGAUGAUCCAGCGGGAGGACCAGGAGACAGCUGUGUAGUGCUCGGCGUGCCUUAGCCCAAGCCAGCUCAGGCAGGACGAGAAGAGGACAAUGCCAACUGGCAGAGCUGUGAGUCUGGCCCAGCCCUCCCUAGAUGUCAACCUGGUCCCUGGAGGAGAUGGAGACAGCAGAGCUCUGCCCCAGGCUGGGCUGGGACUCUGUUUAUGAGGACAGUGGGUAUUUGGGACUUGAAGCCUGGCUCUUUGUGUGUCCCCCCCUUUGCCCCUCAUCCACCACGUUCCCCGCCCUGGAUGGGAUCCAUCCCACAGCCCUGUUGGGGCAGGCCAGGCUGAAGCCCCUGGUCACCCUUGUGCACGGGAGUGAUGCCAGUGCCCCCUCUGCAGGCUUCUACCUAUGAUCCUUGUGGGAUGUCGUUGCUUGCUGCCUCUCCUUGCCAGCAGUGCCCCUCCUUUAGAUGCUUGGCUAUGUUCGUGUCCUGUUCCAGCUCUCCUGUCUGGCACAGCCGUGGGAGGCACAGGCUGUGCGGGCAGACAGCAGAGCCCGUGAGCCUCAGACUUUGCCCCAAGGGAAGCACCAUGACUUACUGCCCCUGCCUCCUCCUCCCACCUGUCGGUUUGGGGCUGCCUCGGGUCUCUGUGUUGCCCUCCCAGGGCCUUCUGCGGUAAGAGGGAAGUCCCUGGCGCACCCAGCCUUUCCUCAGAGCAUCUGGGACCAGCGCAGCUGGAAGCAGGGCAGCCGCUGCCCUCCUAGUUGCCUUUAGUGCUCAGCCAGUCAGCAGUGUGGCCCAGAGCAGGGAUGGCAUGGAGGAAGGCUACCGAGCCCUCCCAUCAUCCUUCCCUCCGCAGAGCUGGAUGGGACAGCCUGCACACCCGGUGUGUGCUGGGCAUUUCUUUGUGAGCCCACUGCAGCAUGUAGCUGUGGUGGAGAGCUGAACUUGGCCUGGGCAGUGGCUGCGGUGGAGCCCGUUGCAUUUUCCCAAAUGCUGACUUGGAUCCGGCUGCCUUCCCUGCUUUAGCUUUUCCCCCCCCCAAUGCUAGACGUUGCACUGGGCUGGAGGGGCAGUGCUCGGGUCACUGCUGCUCUCAGGGAUUCCCCCCGUGCCCCCCAACUUGUCAACAUGCAUCCCCUGAGUCCGACUCCUGCCAUCUCCCAAACUGGGUGCAGGGCUUUGCAGGGAAAACUUGGGAGCUCGCCCAGCCCAGACACAAGCUCCCUGGGCAGGCCACCAGUUCACCCUCUCCAGUUUUAGCAGAAAGAGGGAUUUGGAUGCAUAGGAAGCAUCAGGACUCCCAGCCCCGAGUCAUGCCUGCAAUGGGAUGGCAUUUCACGUACCACCUGCCAUGGGGCACGAGGCAUCACGACCCAUCUCCCCUGCGGAUGCUGUGGGUGCUGAGCGUCUGCAGAGGCAUCAAGCCAGCCCUUCAGCAAGGCUUUUGCGGAACUGACCGUAUCUGGGACCAGGAGGUGCCAGCAGAGGAGGCGAGCUGAUGGCUCUGGGCCUUGCAGACCUGCUUGGCACCUUUGGGUGCGCGGCAGUUGCGAAGCAGGUUGCUGCUCGCAGCUUGGGUCCCAGGAGAGGAUGCUGCUGCCACGUGGGGUCUGUGUGGUCCCACCUGCACUCACACUCGGCUGUGCCCGCUGGGUACUGCUGGGUGGCACCAUUUGAAUCCCUCCUAAUACCAAAAAAAGGGUUUGAGGAUACCACAGAGAACCAGAAUACCCUUCAGGCUUUUUGACCGGGGGGCAGAGUUCCCUUGGAGGAUGGGGGAUGCUGUG